GUUGGAGUUGGGUUGGAACUAAACUGCAGAGCUGCGGCGCUCCAGGAGCUGACUUUGACAGAUCUGCUCUAGGAGGUUCACUGAUGGACUGCUCCAGCCAACAGCAUAACAGCACCUGCUGUGAAGACCAACAGACGGAGAGUCCCGGGUCACUGAAGUCAGGAGCUAAGAGUGGAAAGACUCCCAUUUUUGCUGUUGGAAAAGGGAGGGCUGUUUUCCAGAGGAGUUUACAAAGUCCACAGUGUCCACUCAAGAGUCCUCCCACCUCCACCUCCAAACUCUCACUCGCUUUCUCUGUUCUUUCAUUAAAGCACAGCCCGUCCAGGAGCGUGAACUGAAUCGUCCCAGGCAGGAGAAAUGGGCAUCAGCAGCAGCUUCAGCGGUUUAUCUCCACUCGUCUUCAUCUGCGCUCUGGCCUUCUGCAUGGCUCUGGUGCACACAGAAACAGUGGCUGAUUCCUCCCCAACAUUUCAGAAAGACGACACAGUCUCCGGUGAUGGAAGCUUCGAUGUGACGACAAAAGCCCACGAGCUGAUAGAAAGCAGCACCGUCGCCGAUUAUGAGGACAGCACACACAUAAUAACCCUGGAGGAGGAAGGUAUAAAAUCAGGGGUUUUGGGGCCCGGUGCCAUCGCAGCUAUCGUCAUUGCAGUUUUCCUCGGAGCCUCUGUUCUUCUGGCUCUCAUUGUGAUCACGCUCAGAAAGUUCACCGCCUCUUAAGAAGAGACAUUUGUGUGUUUUGAUUUCUUCUCUUCUUCAAUCCCCUCUCUUCCCUUGUUUUCUCUCCUCCGUCUGAACUGUAGUGUCUCAUUGGUGGCGGCUCCCUCAUGAAGUGGUGGUUUGCAGCUGCUUUCUUCUUCCUCCAGUAAAACUCCAGAGCAGUUGGGGUCAAAAUUAAAUGUGACCAUAAUAUCAAUGUUGAUAUAGUCUUUAAAUUAGGAAUACAUUAGAAAAUUGUAGAGGUUAGAACUAUUGAUAUUAGUGCCAUGCAGUUUAGAUCCAAUCUUGUUGGUGAUUGCUGAUUUGUGUAAAAUGAUGGUUAUUUUGAGUUUAAGAUAAAGUCUGUGUGUGUGAGGGUGUGUGUACAGGUAUUUAGAGAAAGCAGAGCAGUCUUUAAUGUUUUAAUUGAACUUUUAUACCUAAACUGAUGAAUUUGUAGGUCACCUUGUGAUUGUUCGCUGACCAGAUAAAAAAUUCCAAGUUUAAA